UCUAGACGCAGCUUCUCCAACAUAUAGGCCAUGCGCUCUACCCAGGGUCACACGCAAGAAUUGCUCCGUAAUGCGCGAUACUAUCUGGAUUUAACUUGCUUCAGUAAAAUUGCUAUUGCCAACUUGAUUAAUUUCCUCUCCAUCCCUCGUCGAUAAAAUGACAGACAAACUUGUUGUCCUGGGCCAUACCGCCGAUAUAGCGCUUGGCUCAGCAUCCAUAACGCCGACUCGAGAUAUAACGGCGAUACGAGCCCACGACAAAUCACCGAUUCCAGAUUUAAAGCUGAGGUGUAUUCCUGAUGCUUUUCGUUAUCCUCCACUUCUCAAGCUGCUUCUCUGAUUCAUGGUCAUAUAACCUACACCCCCUUAUUGACAGCGAGAUUUCCCGUCUACAUGAAAGCUGUAUUAACGAUAAUUUCACCGGGUCUACGUACUCGACACAUCUAUCCCCUGCUUUCUGGCAGGCAGAGGCCGAUUGUCAAAGCAACAUACAUCCAACGACAGCCGUCUUCAACCUGGAGCGGGAAUGCGUUAAAACCGGUGAAACACGACGCGGAGAAGGGAGCCCCCCUUCAACAUUUCCUGACGACAACAGAUAAUCUUGUCAAUUGGGCUAGGCAGGGCUCCCUAUGGCCCCUUAGCUUUGGCCUUGCAUGCUGCGGGGUCGAAAUGAUGAGCGCUUCCAUGCCUAGAUACGACCAAGACCGACUUGGUAUCAUCUUUCGCGCAUCUCCACGACAGGCCGACGUGAUGCUAGUGGCAGGAACCGUCACGAAUAAAAUGGCUCCUGCGCUGAGGCUGUUAUACGACCAAAUGCCCGAUCCAAAGUGGGUAAUUAGUAUGGGCAGUUGUGCGAAUGGAGGGGGGUACUAUCACUACAGUUAUAGCGUGUUGAGAGGAGUAGAUCGUAUUAUUCCGGUUGAUAUCUAUGUUCCGGGAUGUCCGCCGACCCCGGAGGCUUUGCUGUACGGAGUGUUUUUGUUGCAGAAGAGAAUGAGAAAAACACGGAUCACAAGAAUGUGGUAUAGGAAAUGAAAAGAGGCCUUGGGGAGUGAGAGCCAGAGAAAUCAUCACGUACAGGCAUGAGUCCCAAAUAUACACUUGCGUGGAGAUGAUACAUCGUCUUUUUCCCGAGAGAAAGUGCGGCUUUCUCUCCUUCGGUUUGUACAUAUACAAGAAUGAUUGCCGCUCCGAGGACUACAAUCCUGGAUUGUAGGCGUUCUCUUGGUAUAAAAACGGGAUUUCCGCAUUAAACUGGGGGUUCAUUAGCAGACCUCCAAAAGAAAAGGCUGUAGUGGCGAUGUCGACAGGUUCCACUGUUGCAUCAACCAUGGGAAACUCGCUAGCCAAACCGCAGACAAAGCUCUCUCCCAGUGAGUUCUGGUUAUGUCGGGAAGAACUUAACCCCGGUUGUUGGGUUCGAAAACCCGAAUUAGCUGAAAAGUCUUGAUAUGGGGGGCAUUUAUCCACCGAUUGACGGGCUUUCAAAGCCUGAAGAAUCCGAGAAAAUAGCCGAUAGUUCCAAGCAACAGGCGGCCAGUAGUCUUGAAGUUUGUCUAACACGAGCAUACAUAGAUGAACUCUGUGCUCAGAGACAUCCCUGACUUUUUGGGAUGAGCUUUGCAUGUUGGCGAUAUGAGUAGACAAGGAAGCAAAGGUAGGCGCGAUU